CCUCUGUCGGGCGUAACAUCAUACUAGCCAGUAUUGCAAUUGGCAACGAGUCAAGCACGAGCGAGACAAGUGAUUAAAAAAUGGCAUCCGCACCGACGUCGCACAAUGAGGUUUCCCAGGAAUGUUCUGUCAACAAACUUAUACGUGUCGGUUAUUACGAGCUGGAAAAGACUAUCGGCAAGGGAAAUUUCGCCGUAGUUAAAAUGGCCACCCACCUCGUAACAAAAUCCAAGGUUGCUAUAAAAAUAAUAGAUAAAAUUAAACUGAAUGAGGAAAACUUAGCAAAAAUUUUUCGUGAAGUGCACAUAAUGAAAAGGAUACGACAUCCACACAUCAUAAGACUGUACGAAGUAAUGGAGACGGAGAAGAUGAUAUAUUUGGUGACAGAGUACGCUUCUGGCGGCGAAAUAUUUGAUCACCUUGUUCGUAACGGUAGAAUGCUAGAACCAGAGGCACGAAGAAUUUUCCGUCAGAUCGUACUUGCUGUUCGUUACCUGCAUCAACAGAGGGUGGUUCAUCGAGAUCUUAAGGCUGAAAAUUUAUUACUUGAUGCAGACAAUAACAUAAAACUUGCUGAUUUUGGAUUUAGUAACGAAUACACACCUGGUGUGCCACUUGAUACAUGGUGUGGCUCACCGCCAUAUGCUGCACCUGAGAUUUUUGAGGGAAAGCCUUACGAUGGUCCAAGAGCUGACGUAUGGAGCCUUGGUGUUGUCUUAUAUGUACUAGUUUGUGGUGCUCUACCAUUUGACGGAGCUACAAUGCAAUUGUUACGAUCUGUAGUUGUCUCAGGGAAAUUCAGAAUACCAUUUUUUAUGUCUGCAGAUUGUGAAAAAUUGAUCAGGCACAUGUUGGUAGUGGAGCCAGAGCGACGUUUAAGUAUUUCACAAAUCUUAUCGCACUCGUGGAUGGGUGGAGACAGAGCGGUCGAGCUGGAACCUGGAGGGUGUAAUCCUGAUGUGAGCGUACCACCACAAUUAAACCAAUUAGUGAUAGAGAGUAUGCUGAGAUUGCCUGGACUCAGCGCGGAUACAUUGUUACAAGCCAUUAAAGGAAACGCUUUUGAUCAUAUAUCAGCUAUAUACAACUUACUUGUUGACCGAUUGGAAUCAACGAUGCCUAAUUUACCCAGUAUUCAAAGUAUACCGGGCGAAUAUUUGCCGGAUGGUGCACAUCAGUUGGAGAAGUUUGGUGAAAUAGAAGCGGAAACGGAAGAGAAAAGUGGUCUUCAUUUGGCGUCUGGGACACCUUACCACACAACAAGGAGGCACACGGUUGGACCUGGUGAUACAACACAUCAACCUCCUACGUCAUAUCCUUAUAAUCACAUGUCGGGAUACCAGACUUUACGGCCUCUUCCUAUCCUCCAGUGCAACUUGGAUCCCCAAGUUUUACCACAUACGAAUUUACCACUAAAUCUUCCCUUAGUACAACACCAGCCGCCUCAAAAUUUCCAAAUAAAAGAUCAGCACUUGUUGAAGCCACCUCCUGUAAUGGCCACUGGUGGUUUUGGUAGAAGAGCUUCGGAUGGUGGAGCAAAUCUUCAUAUAUUUCAUCAACAACACAAUAAUAACGUUAAUAACGAUGAAGAAGGUGGCUGGAGCCAGCCCGGUAGCAGGGAACAAUUGCAACCUUUACAGAGUGGUAGUUCAGGAUUAGUACAAUGUGUCCAGUCAUUAAGUGUCAGUACUGCGAGUGGAGAGGGGACCAGUAACAACACCAGUAGUAGUAGUAAUAGUGGAAAUAGCGACAGAAGAAGAAGAAGUGGUCUUAGCACUGUUAUGCAGCGACCAGUUAUAAACCCGGAGCUGGUAAUGGAGGUAGAAGCUAGGAUGAAUAGAUACCUACCACCGCGGAUGUUACCAACUCAUCUUAGAGGAUCAACACUUCCACAUCACAGGAAAUCUUCAUUAUAUCAUACUAGCACUGUAAGCAAUAGAGACUCGUACAAGGAACCAAGCAGCCACGUAGCAACUGAAAGAUACUCACCCGUUCGCCGAGCCUCGGAGGGCUCGGGAGCCCCUGGACCAGGUAUUUCAACUCUUCAGCAAGAAUACCAGCAGUUACAGAGAUUAGCGUCUCCUUCUCACAGCCCGGCAAGUAUCCCGGGAUCUCCUGUACACGAAAGAGGUGUAGCAGCGAUUACGCAAGGUCUGAGCGGUUUGACUACGGCGCCAGUAGUACAGGGUAGUAUUGUGCACGGUACGCCAGCGCAGCCACCUGCAACACCUUUAGAUUUAAGUCCACUUAGGCAUCAUAGAUCACCUGCUACUACCCCAGUGAGUUACUCGCCCAGUAAUAGCCCAGCGUUGGACAUGAUACAAGAGGAACAUCCUGUAGAGAUACCAAGGGUACCGCCACAGAUUUCCGUCACGGAUGUUCUCGGAGGUCAAGUAACGUUAAUUAGUUGCUCACCUUCUCCGUCACCAUCGCCCGAUUCACUCGAAGACGCAUUACCUCAUUACAACACUCUUCCGAGCUUUAUCAUUUCAGAGCCGUGCGAUCCUUCGAGACCUAGUAUCACACGCGGUAUCGGUAGGCCGCUUAAUACAGUACCUACCGAGGUCGAGGUCACUUUGUCCGACGAGUCGAGCAGAUUAAAUUCCGAAGCUAUAUUAGGGCGCGUGAAGCAAAUAAUAGACGCGAGGGCGCCGCCGAAGGGCUUCAUAUUUUCGAGGGAGGAAGUGGACGGCAGCGGGCUCAGCUUAGAAUAUCCGGGUGGUGUGCAAAUCGAACUGAGAGUAUGCGAGUCCGAGGAGAAGGAAGUGAAGGGGAUAAAGAUGCGUAGAAUUAGCGGGGACCAAUUGCAAUACAGUCAACUUUGUCAGCAAUUGAUUUCAUGUAUUACUGUUUGACGACGACCAGCAUACGAUAUAACAUUUUUUUAUACGUUACGUUACAUUCCUAGUGUAACAUACACUGUUCAUCACACAGUAUUGCACAUACGCGCUGCAUAUACACAAACGGUAUUUUUU